AUGAUGGAGACCCUGUAUAAGAAAAUUCGUUCAGUAAGAAUCUCCAUUCUUACUCAUAGGUCUCUCUACAAAGAUGAAUCUUCCAAUGAAGACGUUUCCAAAUCAUCUGAAGGACUACUCGAAUCUAAUGACAACGAAACUUUAGACUACGAUAUUAGACCACAAAAUGAGAAGCAAAGAAGUUUGAUGUGGGGAGUUGUGGUUCAUUCUUUUAUAUUCGCGACGUAUACUAUUGGAAUUUUUGCAGCGACUAGCAUUUUUAGACAUAGACCUGGGCCACCUACACUUGUAUAUACACCCGCAGCAGAAGCUUUGGAAUAUGAGAAGGUUUUUUAUAAUGGUAUACUUUUCGCAAGUUGUCUCUACAAGGGAGAUCCUCGUCCGGAACUCGAUCUUGCAUGGCAUAAUUUAGUCAAAAAUAAUAAUCUCCGGAUUAGCAAAGGAGAGCUCGACACACUGGGUAGGACUGCGCUUCCUCUUGCCGAUGGCUCUGGAUACUAUGGCCAAUUGAAUGUUUAUCAUCACUUGCAUUGCUUGAAAUUCAUGAGGGAAGCUUUCUACGCUGAGUAUUAUCCUGAUGCCCAAGGCCCAACAACAAAAAUGCACGUCGAUCACUGUAUUGAUGAUAUUCGACAAGCAUUGAUGUGUCACGCCGAUACCUCCAUAACAACAUUUGAAUGGGAAGAAGGUAUCAGAAGACCUAUGCCAGAUUUCACAGGUUGGCACACGUGUAACAAUUGGGAAAAACUAGACGACUGGGCCACUGCUCGUGCAUUCUCAAUGUUCGAUCAGGUUUCCUUGAUCAAUCCUACUUAUGGGAUCGCUUUCCCAAUGGUAAAUGGAGCGAUCGAUUACACGCCACCUGGUCAGGAAGGAUUCCGUACUGUCUGGCCUGAAGAUUUGGGAGGCCACGUUCAUGGUUGA